AUGUCAAUGUCAAAUAAUAUUUAUGACACCAAGAACCCAAUGCCAACAUUAAAUCACUUUAUUAUUGAGAGAAAGAUCUCUAAUAUCAAAAGAUUCUAUGUAGCUAAUCAAAUCGAUCCAGAGCAUCUCAAAGUCAAGUAUUCAAACAUCGACCCAUACCCAUCAGUGACCAAUGAAUUCAACAAAAAAGAGAUUCCCCUUCCCAAAGUAAAGCUGGUACUAGAUCACAUCAAACACGACACUCCCCAAUACAUCGAGGAAUCAAGAGCCAGUUUGAAAGCAAUUCAAUCAUUGUUUGAUACAGAGUCGGGUAGAGCCAUAAUAGGUGAUAGACCUCCCAAAAGAAUCGUAUUUAUGUGA